CGGUCACAUAUUGCUCUCACUGCCAGGAUGGGUCGAGGUAUCUUGCUCACGUCAAACCUCCCUCAGCUACAGAACCUCAUAAAGCGAGACCCUACGGCAUACAAGGAAGAGUUCCUGCAGCAGUGGAACCACUACAACUCUGUCCGCCAAAUCUUCCAUGUCAACCCGGACGAAAAUGCCCAGCAUUUCAGAGAGCUCGUCACCUUCAUUUCCCAGGUCGCGCAAUGCUAUCCGAAAGAGACUGCAGAGUUCCCGUCCCAGCUGUCUACCAUGCUCCUCGAGAACUAUGGUUCACUUUCCCCCGAUACAAGGAAGAGUCUUGUACAAAAUUUGGUCAUGCUCCGGAACAAGGAUGUCAUAUCGUCAAUCGAGCUCUUAAAGACUCUCUUCCCACUUCUUCCCAGGACGACCUCGUCUGCCCUCCGCGCCAAUAUCCGCCAAACAAUUCUCUCUGACAUUAAGACCGCUAACAUCCGCACAAAAAAUCACAAACUGAACCGUGCUGUUCAGGCUAUGCUAUUCGGCAUGGUUGAGCGCGGUAUGGACGCCGAGGUCACCGGAGACAAGGGCAAGGCUAGAACGAAUGGUGUCAGCCAGGGCGAAGAGGCUAUGUGGGCUAUUUUGCUAACGAAGGAACUUUGGAAGAAGGGGAUCUGGAACGAUGCAAAGACGGUCUCCAUUGUUUCCCUAGGAUGUAUCCAUCCAGUGGUGAAGGUCCAGAGCGCAUCAUUGCAUUUCUUUCUUGGAAGCGAAGAGGAGGAGGAUAAUAGCGACGAGGAGGAGGAGGACGUCCCCGAUGUCAAAGCUCUCCAUCAUCGUCGCGAAAUCAACAAAAAGACUCGCAGUGGUGACAAGAAGCUUCAAAAACAGGUGAAGACCAUCAAGCAGAAGAAAAAGAAAAAGGCAGAAGCGACAUCAGCCAACUUCCCGGCCCUGCAGCUGCUUAAUGACCCCCAAACAUUCGCUGAGAAACUGUACGAUAUCCUGAACCGCCAUGACAAGCGUUUCAGCCUGGACCACAAGAUUUUGCUCAUGCAGCUCCUCUCGCGGGUGAUGGGCGCGCAUAAGCUUUGCGUCCUUGGCUUCUACACCUACAUCGUCAAAUACCUCGCGCAUCAUCAGCUGCGUGUCCCCGCAAUCCUCGUCGCGCUAGCCCAGAGUGUGCACGAGUACACGCCACCCGACGCGCUCUCGCCCGUCGUCCGCAAGCUUGCACACGAGUUCGUGCACCCCGGCGUCGGCACCGAAGUCGUCGCAGCCGGCCUGAACAGCAUACGCGAGGUGUGUCGCCGGCAGCCGUGGGCGAUGGAGGAAGAUCUCCUCGGGGACCUGAUCGAGUACCGCAAGAGCCGUGACAAGACCGUCAUUGCGGCGGCGCGGGGUCUGUUGCAACUCUUCCGCGAGGUCAACCCCGGCAUGCUCAAGCGACGCGAGCGCGGCAAGGACGCGAGUAUGGGCGUCGCCAAAGGCGCGCAGCCGCUGCCGUUCGGGCACAGCGCGGAGGCGGCGGUCGAUAUUGAAGGUCUUGUGCUCCUCGAGGACCACCUCCGGAAGCUGCGGGAGGAGGAUGGAGUCGCGUCUGAUGGCGAAGAGGACGAUGAGGCGGCGUGGGAUGGCUGGGAUGUCGAGGAAGACUCGUCGGAUGAGGAGAGCUCGGACGGCUGGGUGGACGUCGAGAGCGAUGGUGAGGAUCUUGAGAUCAGCGACAGUGAAGACGAAGGUGGCAAGACUAAGAAGGAGAAGAGAGCGAAAGGAAAGAAGAAGGGUGCUGAGGGCGAAGACGAGGACAUGGACAUGGACAUGGACAAAGAAGAGGAAAAGGGACUCGAGCCACAACGAGUAUCGACUCUUGCCACGACCAAGAUCCUUACACCCGCUGACUUCGCUCUACUCAACGAGCUCCGUAUUAAGGAAGUCACGCAAAAGGUCGAGCACGGCGGCGGAUCUGCAGCGAAGCGGAAGCUCGUCGCGCUCGAAGCAAACAAGAAGGCCUUUUCGCAAGCCGGCACGGAAGAGACAUUUAUUUCGGAAAACGACAUCCUGGGGCCGCGCAAGAGAGUGAAGGCAGACUACGCAGAGCGACUUGCGUCGAUUGAGAAGGGUCGCGAAGGUCGCGAGAAGUACGGCUCGCUCAAGGGCAAGAAGAAGAAGGAAGCACCAAGCAGUAGCACCAACCGCGAGAAGAAGAGGAACAAACCGUUGAUGAUGAUUCUCGCGAGCAAUGCAGUGCGCGGCAAGAAGAAAGCGAGCUUGCGUGAAAAGCAGAAGAAGCUACGGGCGCAUAUUGAUAGGGCGAAACGUGGUGGUCACUAGUAAGGUAUCUCAUGCAAGAUGACAUGUAUAUUUGUCAGUUUCGUUCUCUGGAUUAUCACUGUGUCACUGCUUCACAUUCGUGCGCGGCCCGCUUGUUGGAAGCUUUGCGGGACUGUCGGGCAAAAAGAGCAUGGAAUGCGUCGUUCAGCAGACGCAUAUUAGUCGAGCUUGCCCGCAAGCUGACCAGACUGCAACUUCCGUGCGAUGUCGUAUCCGCGGGCAAAAUACGCGGGCUUCGCAUCGAUGACAUAGCCCUGUAACAACGUAAGCCCUUCAUCUCGCGCCUGCAAAGCGAGAAUCGUACCUUCUGCUCGUACACUGGGCAGUGCCAAGAUGAGUGGGAUUGUUU